AUGCGGCCGCCGCGCUGGGCGGCCCUCCUCGCCCUCACCGGCGGGGCCGCGGGCGCCCAGCUCGUCGAGGGCGCGGCGGGGCGACCGCGCCGCGCGGCGCUCGUCGUGUCGCACGACGGAAAGGUGGCGGGAAGGCGCGCCGGCGCCGCUGCCGUCCGCCCCGCCCCGCCGCCGCACGCCCACGCGGGCAGGGGGGGGCUCAUGCGCUCGGAGCGCCAGCGGGCGAACGACGCCCUGAGCUUCGCCUCGACGGCUCCGGCGGCCUCGCUCCUGGUGACCCCUGCAGCGGACGAGACCUGGCGGCUCCUGGCGAGCCCCGCCAUCUCGGUCAUGGCAGCUCCAGCGCCGCCGCCGCCUGCGCCCCCUGCGCCGCCACCGCUCCCGGCACCACCGCCGCUGGCUGCGGCGCCUCCGCCAGCGCCGCCGCCACUGCCGCCGCCUGCGCCGGCACCGCCGCCCCUGCCGCCCGCCUCGGGCGCGGCCGCCCCUGCCGCGGCGGCGCUGCCCGCGGCCCCCGCGCUGGCACCGGCGCCGCUGCCGCCGCCCGCGGCGCCCGCGCCCGCGGCCCCCGCGCCGCUGCCGCCGGUGGCCGUAGCGGGGCCGCUGGCGCCCUCGCCGCCGCCUCCGCCGGUCCUGGCGCCAGCUCUGGCGCCUCCGGCCCCAGCGCCGCCGCCAGCUGCAGCGGCGCCGGCGGUUGCGCCUGCGCCCGUCGUGACCGCUGCUGCGACCGCCACGGACGUGUGCGGCUGGGGCCCGUGGCAGGCGUGCUCCGAGAUCUGCGGAGGGGGCAGGCAGGUGCGGCGGAGGGACGCCAAUUGCCCUGGCCCCGUCAUCGACUUCCAGGACUGCAACAAGCACCCGUGUCCCGUCGACUGCAUCUGGGGGAACUGGUCUGCCUGGUCCUCGUGCGACGCCACCUGCGGCGGGGGCAAGCAGAGCAGGACGCGGCCCGAGAGGACGGAGGCUGCUUUCGGAGGCAAGCAGUGCAUCGGCUCCAGCAAAGAGACGAGAGACUGCGGCCUGACCCCAUGCCCCGUUGACUGCGAGUGGACGGAAUGGAGCCUCUGGUCCAAUUGCUCGAAGGAUUGCGGUGGCGGCUCCAAGGAGCGGGCCCGUGACGUGAAGGUCAAGGCCGAGAACAGUGGCAGGGAGUGCACGGGCGAUGCUCAGGAGCAGGACGCCUGCAACGCCCAGCCUUGCCCUGUGGACUGCGCCUGGGAAGAGUGGGCUGCGUGGUCAGACUGCACGGUGACCUGCGGCAACGGCACUACCCAGCGCGGCCGGGCGAUCGCGGUGCAGCAGGUGGGCACGGGCAAGCCUUGCGAGGGCGAGGCGUUGGAGACCGACUUCUGCAACACGGACCCGUGCGCGGUGAACUGCAAGUGGGACGGCUGGGCCGCUUGGUCCACGUGCACCAAGACGUGUGGAGGUGGCCUGCGAGUGCGCGCGAGAGUAAAGCUGCAAGACGCGCAGUUCGGCGGCGAGGACUGUUCUGGAAACGCCAGCGAGCAGGGCGAUUGCUCCUCCAACCUGUGCCCCGUCGACUGCGUCUGGGAGGAGUGGGGGGCCUGGGGCGGCUGCUCGAAGUCCUGCGGCGACGGGUCGAAGCGCCGGACCCGGGGCCAGAAGUCAGCGGAAGGUGGCGGCAAGCCGUGCAUAGGGCCGGACACCGAGAGCCAGAAGUGCGGGGAGCCUUGCAAGGCGCAGGCGCACAAGUGA